AUGUCAUUCUUCAAUUCCAUUGGCCGUUCUAUGCAGCGUAACCAGCGCCCUCCUAGACGCUCUACUACUCCCACCUCAGCCAACUUCCCAUCUACAGACUCUUUGCCACCCCCGACCCCGACGAGUCCGUCGGGGCAGAAGCCUCUGUACCUAUGCAGCCCCUUCGUCGAGGCGGCGCUCGUCAAGGGCAACUUCAAAACGAUCGUCAUGCUGCCAAAGUAUGCGGAUGUGAUGGAGUGGGUUGCGGUGAACAUCUUCGACUUCUAUACCAACCUCAACCAAUUCUACGGGGUGCUGGCUGAAUGCUGCACGGCCCAGUCGUGCCCAUCUAUGUCUGCAGGCCCCAGCCUCAACUACACCUGGAUCAACCAAGACCGCAAAAGCGUGCAGCUCCCCGCGCCCACCUACGUGGACUACGUGAUGACCUGGGUUCAAAACCUCCUCGACGACGAGUCUGUCUUCCCCACCAAGUCCGGCCGCGACUUCUCAUCGAGCUUCCCCUCGACUGUCAAGCACGUCUACCGCCAGCUGCUCCGCGUCUUUGCGCACCUCUACCACGCGCACUACCCCCAGAUCCUCCACCUCCGCUCCGAGGGCCACUUCAACUCCCUCUUCGCACAUUUCCUCGCGUUCGGCAAGGAGUACGAGCUCCUAGACGUCAAGGACAUCAAGGGCCAGCCCGGCGCGCUCGUCGGCGUGGGCGCGCUGUGGGAGAAGUGGAAGGAGAUGGGCAUCCUCGGCGAGUCGUCCUAA